UAUUGAAAUGUUGUCACAAUUCCAUCAAGUUUCGCUCUAAUUUUGCGAGCUCGAGCUGCUAUUGGCGUAACCCUGUUUCGGUUGUUUCGGCGGUUUCGGUCGUUCCGGUCGCGGCAAGUUCAACUCGUAUUGAGCCAGCGCAAGGAUGCAUGUCUGAACAAGUCGGCGCGUCCCUGGCGCGUCCCCACCUCCCCACUCCGAGUAGUCGAAGUGGUCGAAGGCCGAUGUGGAUUGCAGGUGGUUGCGUGUCCGUCGUGGUUGCACUGGCUGAACCUUCGUAGCACUCGUGGCUCUCGGUAGCUGCUGGUGACGCAUUACUGGUGACUCAAGAUGACGCAUCACUGGCAUCACACCGUCCAAUCGGCCGAAAGCAACGACGUCGAGCUGGCCGAGUUACCGUGGGCGCCUGAGGACGUAAUACAAGUGGCACAAGUUCCAGAAACGCUCUCACUUCCAGCUGACUUCCAGCAAUGUAAUUGGGAGUGGUCAGACUGGAACGCGCUGACUCCGGCAGUUCCUCGCAGCCAGGCGAUGGCCACCGCGUCAGCGAGCCCCAACACGUCCAGCGUCAACGAGUCUGUGGCCGACUGGGCGGGGGACUUUGGCUUCAGGGUCGUCUUCGUCAAGCCUGAGGGGGUGAGAAACAGCACGUCCUGGACGUACUCCAACGCCAAGCGGAAGCUGUACACGAACAUGAACGAGUUUUGCUCCGUGCACUUCAUAACGGAGCGAGCCCCACCACGCGGCUCGGUCGUCUGCGUGGUGGGCGUCUUUCUGGACUCCGAGUUUAGGCGACACAACGUGGAGCGCUGCACCGCGCACGCACGACUCGAAGACGGCUCCAACCAGCUGCCAAGCGGUAAACAUCCGUUCCCGUGCUUCUGGAUCCGCUGCGACCACCCGCGAACCCGGUACUGUCUGGACGAGGCCAACGGGGGCCGCCAAUGCCUGUGCCUGCCCUUCGAGGCACCGGAGGCCGCCAGCAACGACCCCUUCACCUAUCACCUGGCCUUCAUGUGCCGCAACAGCUGCCCUGGGAGUCCGGGUCGGAAAGCCACCGAGGUCGUCUUCAUCCUCCAGUCACCCGAGGGGCGCGACAUUGCGCGCAGGGUGAUCGAAGUGAAGGUCUGUGCCUGCCCUUGUCGCGACCGCAGGCACGACGAACAGGCGGCAGCCCCGAGUCACAGUUCGGGCUCGGACAGCGGUAACGAAGGACCCUUCUUACUCACCGUUCGUCGGGAGCACUACGCGUUACUACGACUCGUUCACGAGAGCCUGGAGUUCACUCAUUCCUGUCGGCGUCAGCCGCAUGAGAGCCCCGAAAACUGACAUCUUGAUGUGUUGCUCAAGGUCUGUCUAGAGUUAUACAAGGAGCCAGCAUGCACUGAAGCACCCACCCGACGUUUUUAUUUUUUAUCUUUUUAUGUGUUGGUUAGCAUUGUUCUGGUGGCUUGUUCACACACUUGUAACCGAGAACGACCGAGACAGACAAGACCUGUUUUUAAGCCUCUUGCGACCUCUUGGGACCAGCUCCGCAGCAGCACACCCAGUCCUAAGACGUCGCAAGGGGCUUAAAAACCAGUCUUGUCUCUCUCCGUCCUACUCGGUAGCAAGUGUGUGAAUGGUGCAGCCGUGUCCUAAGCUGACACUGCCGUGUCAGCUUAGGAGUGAAUGGAGAUUGGUUCUCGGCAAGUAUUUUAAUGACGUGACAUGCUUGAGUGUUCACCUAGUAGCUAGAGACCUGCACGGGCCGGAAUCUCUAGAUUCCCCACUCCACUCGAAAUCCAGCUGACCGCCCAGUAAAGACGCUACUCGGGCCCUGCCCGGCCCAUGCAGUGCUUUACUAGUAGCUGCCAAAGUCACCCAAUCAUUUUCCUUUGCCUGUCUGCUUUGUUGCACAAAACAGUAAAAUCAUGUUUCUAUUUUACUACGCGUUUAGGACGAAUGUUUUCGAUUGUGGCUAUUACAUUCCUACGUGGACUCUUUAGAAGGUGGAAAAUUCCCUGGGGCAUGCAUCUAUGCUGCAGUUUUGUUAAUUGAAAACAUCCUGCUCUGUCCAGUUCUUACAAGUCCAGUCAUAGAUUGUUCUUGCUUAAAAGUGUUCAACCACUACUGCUAUUGGCAUGCUUGGGUGUUAGGUUUUGGGAAAAGUGAAUGCACUAUUUUUAUAUGAAUAAUUAGGGACCCAGAGUUGCAAUGAAUUUUUGUUAUACUACAUAUUUAUGUACAAUGUACUGCCAUCUAUAUAGUUUUUUGUUUUUUUUUAAGCUUUACAGGUUUGCUUUAAAAAUAGUUGUGAAAGCUACACUUGUGUGGUUUGUGCAGGUGAGUUAAACGGCCAGGGGGACAUAGAGUAGGGGGCUAAUCAUAAUGAUAAGUUGGCUAACUAAGUAAAGUUCGUUAAUUAACUUAUUAAUUAAUGAAAAUAGUCAUAUGGUUCCAAUUGAAAACUUGCGGAGCGUCGUCCAAAACCCCUAAAUCAGUAAUUUUCAGAAAGACUGAGCGCGCGAGAAGCGUAGUAGUGCACUACAGUUACCACUCGUGGAGCAGGUACAAGGCUAGUGGUAAGGCGCCCGCACAAUUUUUCUGUCUUACGAGAGCCCCAGCCUUGUACCUGCUCCAUGAGUGGCAACUUUAGCGCCCUACUGCACUUCUCACGCGCUCAAUCUUUCUAAAAAUUACUGAUUUAGGGGUUUUGGACGACGCUCAGCAAGUUUCCAAUUGGAACUAUAACUAUUUUCACUAAUUACAAAGUUAAUUAACAAAUUUUACUUAAUUAGCCAACUGAUUGUUACUGUUAACCCCAUAUACUAUAUCCCUCUGGCUGUAUAACUCACUUGCACAAACUGCAUAAAUGUAGCUUUCACAGCUUUUUUUAAAUAAAUCUGUAAAGCUUAAAAAAAAAACAAAAAAACACCCCCUGUAUGUUCUGUUUUUCCAGACUUUCCAUUAAUAAAUGUAUCCAUUUGCAAGGUUCA